GUGCCGGCCAACGAAGAGUGCCAGGUGCCAGAAAAAACCAUAGUACAAAAAAUAAAAAACGAAUUACGAAAGACGCCAUUGUUGUUUUGUUCGUUCUCAAUACAAUCAAGUUAUCAGUUUUUAGUCCUUUAAGUGUUUAUAACAUUACGUAUAAAACGCUGAAUUAAAUCAUCGGAGGAUUAAUUAAUCAUGUUUUGAUUAUUUAUUUGUUUAAAACUGAAGCUGUAUAAACGGCAUGUCCGGGGGCCACCUGGCCGUGCUGGACCGGUUGGGGCGCGAGGUGAAGCAGUACGCGCUGCCCGCCGGGCUGGCCACGCUCGGCAGCAGUGCCUCAUGCGACAUCCGCUUCAUGCUGCCCACAGUGGAGCCGCACCACGCUACUCUUGUUGUGCAUGAUAAGCAGACGGUGGUGCACAACGUGGGGUGCGGGCAGACACUGGUGAACGGCGCGGCUGUGAGCCUCUCUCCGAAACAACAGAAAAAUAUUAUUAGUCCUAUGCAGAUAAGAAGUACAAGAAAUCUUAAAACCAACCUCACUACACAACAAAAUAACAUUAAAAAACGCAGAUCGGUUAUCGUAGUAACAAAGAAACCGCCUGGCCUCAGUCCGAAACAGGCAGCGAAAGAACCGGUCAAUACGGAGCGAGUAGUCAGGACAAGUAGACGUCGGAAACUAGACCAAGUUCAGGAAAAAUUGACGACAAAAGUAACCGCCGCAGAAACAAGAGGAAAGAGGAUUCGCGCGGAAAGCGAAACAAACCUUAACAAGGGGAACGGGAACAAAGGACGUAACGCGAAAGCCUCGGAUAAACCCAAAGAGAGUCCGCCACAAGGUAGAACAACACGUGGACGAAAGGCGUCCGCGGAGAAAGUACAAACACCAAAGAAAAUGACAAGAACCAAAAUUCUAAAACAAACCGUUGCUGUAACAAAACCGUCACCGAACAUAAAGGCUAGAACUAGGAAGCUAAGUAAAGUAAAUUUAAAUGACAGGUCGCCUGUGAAAGACUUACGAAGGACUCGAAAAACAAACGCAAAUCAAACAGACCCACCGGCGGAGAUCGCCAACGGCCGGGGAAGAAGGGGCAAGGCGGCUGCGCCGGUUGCCAAACAAACUGCAAGUAAGAAAACGAAAAGGAACAAGUCGUACAAUGAGGAUUUGGAUGCAGACCUUAAGCCGAAACGGGGAAGGAAAACUAUCGCUCCCAAAAAUGUUCAAGAUGAGUUAAGCAAUGCGCAAAGUACACAAGCACAAAAACGAGCGACACGAAACACUGUUAAUGUUGAAAACGUAAACAAAAAGACACGAGGCAGAGCCGCGGUGCCGCAAGAUGCGGUCGAACUUAAAAGACGCGCUAAUAAAGGAGAUACGGAAAAUUCCGGCCGAGGGAACAAGAGGAAAACGGCCAACGAACAAUCACCGUCUAAACGAGGAGCGGCCAAAACCAAAGUUGCAAACAAAGAGUCUGUUAAUAGUGUGGGGCGCGUUGCCGCUGGAACCGCUAAGCCGCGAGCGACGGUCAACAGAAAAGGCAGGAAUACGAUCAAAGCGAAGGAAACGUGUGUAGAAGCUGGGGGCGAGGUUCCCGCCGCCAGGGGCUCCAAAGAGACAGCGAAACAGAAACUGCUCCUUACUGCUAAAAACGCGAACACCAACGUCGCACACAAACCGAGCGCAGCGCCGCCCGCACGCAAGAGGAAGGCCGCCGACCCGGCUCCGGCUAAAGGUGACUAG